GGAGACACCACGGCUUAGGGAGCUCCUCAACAGGUCUGAUCCAGAGAGAGGAAAGCGACAGAGUGCUGGACACGUGGGGAGUGACCCAAGUAUCCCAAGUUGAGCCGAAUACGGGGCAACUCUGCAGACUAUCGGGAUGAACUUACGCCUGGUGCAGAUCUGGGGCUUCCUGUUGACCGUGCUGGGCUGGAUCUUCAUGGCGUGCUCCCUGGCCAUGGAGGGCUGGAAGAUCACCUCCAUAGGGGGCAUGGGUGGCUCGUCCAUUGUCAAAGUGGCCUGGUACUGGUCCAGCCUUUGGAGGUCCUGCUUCACGGACUCCACUGCCGUCACCAACUGCUAUGACUUCCCGGUUCUCUGGUCCGUGGACGGCCACAUUCAGAUGGUGAGGGCGCUGCUGAUGGCCGCGCUGUCGGUGGGGAUGUUGGGGUUCAUUCUCAGCCUCAUGGGCAUGGAGUGCACCUUCAUCGGAGGGCGGGACAGGGCCAAGUACCGGAAGAUCUUCAGUGGGGGGGUUUGCCAUAUAACCAGCGGCAUAUUGGCCGCGUCAGGAUACGCUGUCUACGCUAUCCAUGUCUCAGCGGAAUACUUCAACCCAUAUUUUGUCGGAUUAAAGUUUGACCUGGGGACUCCUCUGUUUCUAGGCUGGGUGGGAUCAGCUUUCCAUAUGACAGGGGGGUUGUUCUACCUGUUCUCGGUGGGCAAACUGCUCUGUGAGGGUGAUAGAAAUCCGACGUUCGUCCUUGCACCCCCCGACAUUGAGCGGGACCAGGCCAAGUCCACCACAUCGCUGUCCUCAGUACCUAAUAUCACAUCAAAGAUCAAGGCUCCACCCCCGGCUAAGAUUUCUUCAAAGUCCUCACGCUCCCCUCGGCGUGGGUCCAGAUCCAGGCGCUCCUCGGAGCUGGACGGCCCCAGAAGGUCCUCGGAGCCCAGGAGGAACUCAGAAUCUGGCGGGAGGUCUUCACGGUCUCUUGGGUCAGCGCACCAAGACAGGGAUCAGAGCAGCAGUGGAACGGUGUCAUCUUUAUCCAGCGGGUCUAGGAGCGUCCAUGAGAGAGAACAGUUUAUCAAAAACACCUACAUAUGACCGGGUUCUGGGCACAGGAUGUAUUGGUCAAACUGGACUGACCUGUUAGUGGGCUGUUUUUGACUGGCCCAAACUGAAGUUAUCCAAUUGUAUAUACUGUGAAUUAUGAUCUUGUUUGCAUUUUAUAUAUAAAUAUCAAUGCAUGUGUAUAGAACAUAAUGUUUCCCUGGGAGUGUUUUACUGUCAUAAAAUAAACUCUGCGAUCACAUAAAUGUUUUCCUGUAUAGAUAAUGAUAGUGUGAUUACAGCAGGGCAUUUAUGUAAUGAGUGUGAUUACAGCAGGGAAUUUAUAUAAUGAGUGUGAUUACAGCAGGGUAUUUAUAUAAUGAGUGUGAUUACAGCAGGGCAUUUAUAUAAUGAGUGUGAUUACAGCAGGGCAUUUAUGUAAUGAGUGUGAUUACAGCAGGGAAUUUAUAUAAUGAGUGUGAUUACAGCAGGGUAUUUAUAUAAUGAGUGUGAUUACAGCAGGGCAUUUAUAUAAUGAGUGUGAUUACAGCAGGGUAUUUAUAUAAUGAGUGUGAUUACAGCAGGGCAUUUAUGUAAUGAGUGUGAUUACAGCAGGGCAUUUAUAUAAUGAGUGUGAUUACAGCAGGGUAUUUAUAUAAUGAGUGUGAUUACAGCAGGGUAUUUAUAUAAUGAGUGUGAUUACAGCAGGGCAUUUAUAUAAUAAGUGUGAUUACAGCAGGGAAUUUAUAUAAUGAGUGUGAUUACAGCAGGGCAUUUAUAUAAUGAGUGUGAUUACAGCAGGGCAUUUAUAUAAUGAGUGUGAUUACAGCAGGGCAUUUAUAUAAUGAGUGUGAUUACAGCAGGGCAUUUAUAUAAUGAGUGUGAUUACAGCAGGGCAUUUAUAUAAUGAGUUUGAUUACAGCAGGGCAUUUAUAUAAUGAGUGUGAUUACAGCAGGGUAUUUAUAUAAUGAGUGUGAUUACAGCAGGGCAUUUAUGUAAUGAGUGUGAUUACAGCAGGGCAUUUAUAUAUUUGAUUAAGAUCUUUCUCAGAAAUACAGUGGUCAUUGGCACACAGAAAGGUCGCACCUUGUGUUUUGCUCUGGUUAGCAGAAUGCAUAUACCCUUUUGUUUCCUAUGAAAU